CGUUUUUUUUCUUCCCUUUGCGUCAUUUGCGGUUCUUUUCCGUUCCGAGAGUCCGACGCCGCCUCCCGUCUCGUCCUCGGUCUGACGCUGCUCGAGACGGUCGUGAACGACAUCUUCGAAGUCGCGGUGAAAGAGCUCUGUCGGUUCGCCGAAGUCCACGAUCGAGUUUCCUCCGCUGCCCCACAGCAAAGCCCCCCGCCCACUCGUGGGGCCUCCAGGAACGCCUCCGCGAAUGGGUUCACCCCGACACCUGUCCGCUGUCCGGAGCUGCUUUGCCUCGGCACAUCCAUUUUUCCUGGCUGCUCGCCCCAGUCCGCUCUCGGACGCUCGACAGUUUUUCGAAAUCAUGCCUUCCAUUACCGCCAGGAGCUCUGGGGUAUAUAAGCUCCCCAGUUCUCACAGUUCUUCCUCCACCGUUUCCCCCUCAUUCCCCCACACGCCCCACCUCCAGAUUCU